UCAAGCCAAAAUGAUACUCACUUUGUGUCUCUUAGCCUUGAUGCAAACGGCUAAUAUCGAGUGCACCACUAUAUAUCGUUAUCCAAGGGAUGUAGACUUCAAAGAAGUGUAUGAUUUAAUUGACCACUAUCAAGAUGGAUACCAAAAGAGAAUUUUAGAAAAACAAUUAUUGUAUUGUCCAAUGGUUCCUCUCUGUAACAAUCUUACGAGACAAGAUUCCUACCCAAACGGAACGUCCCCGGAUGUUAGAAGUUGUUGUUUUCCAUGUUCUUGUCAGGAAAAUGGAAUAAUGAACAACGAACAAUGUCCAAAUACCGACGAUGUAAUGUUAUCAACACAUACUAGGAAGACCUGCAUGUAUCCACAAUAUCUUACCCACGGGAAAACAAAGAUUAUUUCAAAGCAAUCCUACUAUAUGAUUUCGAGUUGCGCACCAAAUUUCAAUACUGUCUCAAUAAUUCAAAAAUGUACCGCUGACCAGAGGAAGUAUGACCCGUUUGAUAUUUCUCUCUAUAUACCCGUUUCAAUAAACAGUACUAAUCUUCUUUUCAAGAACAAAUAUUGUGCCAUAUGUAACAGUCAUACGACUAAUGAAAUGAUUCCAUGGUUGGCAAACCUCACGUGCAUUUUUGAACCGUUUGAUACCAUUUCAUUUUCACGCAGCAUAAUGAAAGAGAUUGCACAAUCAGAUGAGUGUAAUAUAUUAUUUCAAGAGCAGAACAUGACCUCUGACCUGGAAACAUGUGACUGGGGUAUUUACACGACAUGUAAUCAAACCGGAAGCUGGGAAGUAUAUGACAAGUUUAUCGAAGACGCUUGUAACUCGUAUACCUCGGUGUACAGGGCCAACUAUAGAAAUAUUUUUUGUUUCCUAUGCAAUUCCAACGAAUCACUUUACAUGGGUUGUGACUAUUGGGACUUAUAUGACAGAACUAAAGCAAUUCCAACGGCGACGUUUGCCAGUCUAAUGCGUUAUAGGGUGGAGGACCAAGGAAACACUGACCAGGAUUGCUCAGAUAAUGAAAUAUUUGAUAGUUACGAGGAAAAAUGCCGAGAAGUAGUUUGUCCGAGUAUGUACUACUAUAACAAACAGAACAACAAAUGUGAAGGAAUUUUCAGAAGAAUCAGUGAUAUGUUUUAUCAAGUUUACUACAAGGUUACCGUACAAGUAGCCACCGUCAUAUCCAGCUGUUCAAUAAAUUGUGUGUUAAACGAUUAUUAUGCAGUGGAUAUGUCUAUAACUUUGUAUGUUGAUGAUAUUAUGGUUGGCGCCGAUUGUAUUUACCUUUCGGAAUUUCAUUUUCCGAAUGAAAUAAAGAACUUUACCCAUCACGUAUACCUAAUUGGUGUAAACUUUUUAGCUACAUCUAUUCAUGACCAAACUUUGUACGUUGAAGCUCUGUCUUCUUCAUUUCAAGAUACGUUUCAUGAUGACAGCCUCGUUUUUGAACCAAUUUCACGGAAAACACUUGACCUUAUUCCGGACUUUACCGAAUAUGAUUAUUAUUAUGACGAUUAUGACGAUUACGGGAAUUAUGAAGAGACCAUUGAUCGAUGUUUUGUAGACCAUAAAACAAUCAACAUUGUUACAAACUACUUUUGCCCAAGAAUCAAACUGCAAUUCAAGGAAGUCCAACUGUCUACAAAUUACCUAACAAUGUCGAAUAAGAAUUUAAAUUUUGAACUCAACAGUGUUAUUCAAAUAGGAAAUGAUUUCCUGGUUUGUUUAGACGACAGAAUUCUAUCAAACAACGGAAGUCGGGUAACAGAGCCACAAACUCAAAAGAAUGAGAUUGAGAAAAUGAUGUCUUUGAUUUGUUCAAUUACAUCAAUAACUUCGCUGACACUGACGAUGUUAGUCUAUCUGUUACUGAAGGAACUUAGAACUCUUCCAGGAUUACAACAAUUGAUGUUAUCCUUCCACUUGUUGGUUGCGCACGCACUCUACCUUUUUGGUAUGAAUGCAACAUACAAUACGGCCCUUUGUGUUGCUAUUGGACUAUGCACUCACUAUUUCUGGUUAGGAUCUGUAACGUGGAUGCAUAUCUGCACACUUGAUAUUUUCAGGGUAUUCUAUUAUCAAUCUAACUCACUGUGGAUCACUUGGUUCUUUGGAUUUCUUCAUCAAUGGACGCUUAUUGAUGCUCUAAGCUACGUCUUUAUUAUUUUAAAUGCUUCACAAGGAUUGUUUAUUUUCCUUUCCUUUGGUUGUAAUGGUUUUGUACGGUCACGACUUAGAGUAAAAUUAUUUGGACAGGAGGCAGAGAGUUCACAUGACACAGUUACUUCGAGUGUGGAUAAAUCUAUUUCUAUGACUUCCUCAAGCGUAGCAGACUAG